AUGAGUUCUCUCAGACAUGCCGCGAGAAGCUCAACCUCUUCAGCGUUAAGGACGCCUUCAUUGGCUUCGUCCUCGCACGGCAGAUCACCCGCUUACAGGAGGAUAUUGUCCGGACUCGAGCGCCAGAACGGAGCGUCGCCAAUUGCCUCUUUCACAACCGCAUCUCCUGCUCUGGCGGCUUUGCGGUCGCCUUUUCUGCCACAAACAAUAGCAAACGCACAGCUGCGAAGUUUCCACCAGUCGUCGAGAUGGCUUCAGGAUCAACCCAAGACCGAGGCCAAGCCUGACGCGAAACAAGAACCCAAGCCCGCCAACGCUGACGCGGAAGCAAAGCCCGAAUCAGAAGAGCAAACAAAGAAAGAAGAAGAAGAUGCCGACAAGUCGGAAGAUGGCGAAAAGAAGCAAGAGAAGAAGAAGGAUGAUCUACCUCCGCCCCCUCCCCAUGGCGACAAGACCCCGUGGCAAGUUUUCAUGGAGACAAUGCAGACUGAGUUCAAGCAGUCGAAAGAGUGGAAUGACUCUACCAAGCAACUUGCUGCUGGCGCAAAGGAGUUUAGUGAAAGCGAAAAUGUCCGCCGUGCUAGAGAAGCGUACGAGUCCACCACUGGUGCCAUUUCAUCGACUACUGGCAAGGUUUUGAAAAGUACUGGAACCGCCAUUGGCAAGGGUGCCGCCUGGACCUGGGAUACGUCAGUGAUGAAGGGCGUUCGCAAGGGUGCAAAUGCUACUGGCGACGUAUUGGACAAGGCCACCAAGCCUCUCCGAGAAACCGAGGCCUACAAGAACGUCAAGAAUGUGAUUGACGACGGCAGCAGCUCGAGAUAUGGUGGGUGGGUUGAGAAGGAAGAGCGCCGAAAGGCAAAGGAGCUCCGUGAGAAGCAAGCUGCAGAGCUCUAUGGCAAGCCUGAGGAUAUGGUUGAGGAUCCCAAUGCUGGUACAAACGUUACUGUCCACAAGGACGCAGCUUGGAAGGAGGCCUGGAGGGAUUUCAAGGACCAGAACAAGCUCUUCCAGGGCCUUUUCAACGCCAAGAAUGUCUACAAGGAAUCCGAGAAUCCGCUGAUCGAGACGGCGCGAAGCAUCACGGACCGAAUCGCUGGCUUCUUUGCCGAGAACGAGACCGCUCAGGUCAUCAAGAAGUUCCGAUCCAUGGACCCCAACUUCCAAGUCGAGCCUUUCCUCCAGGAGCUUAGAGAAUACAUUCUGCCCGAGGUCCUUGACGCCUAUGUCAAGGGUGACACCGAGACUCUGCAGCUAUGGCUGUCGGCAGCCCAGUACUCUGUCUACGAAGCUCUGACGAAGCAAUACCUCCAGAUGGGCAUGAAGUCGGAUGGCAAGAUCCUUGAUAUUCGUCACGUCGAUAUUCUCAAGGCUCGUAUGCUCGAGCCUGGUGAGAUACCCGUUUUUAUCAUUACCUGCCGAACUCAAGAGGUUCACGUCUACCGCAACGCAAAGACCAAUGAGUUGGCUGCCGGCAUGGAGGAUAGGGUGCAACUCGUCACAUACGCCAUUGGAAUCACGAGAACGCCCGAGGAUGUUACCAACCCAGAGACAAGAGGUUGGAGAUUGAUUGAGAUGCAGAAGAGCGCUCGUGAGUACAUUUAG